UUAUUACACAGAUAACCACAUAAGCGACCAGAGGGCUUUAACAAUCCGUAAUGACAUUCGUUCGCAACUCUUCAACCCUCAUCUCCUGGAUUUCCACUGGUAAGCUCCAGCAAACAGUAGCCAACUGUGUAGAAGUCACCGGAAUCGGUCUCCACUCCGGCAAGGUAUCCACCGUUAGAAUCUGCCCGGAGCUUGCCGGCGAGGGUAGGUACUUUGAACUCGGUUCAAAGGUCAUUCAGGCAUCCAUUGACUUCGCCAAGGAGUCUCCACUGUGCACCACGCUGUGUAAAGAUGGGCACUCUAUUAGUACCGUUGAGCACUUGCUUUCCGCUUUGGAAGCCACCGGCGUCGAUAAUUGCCGUCUCGAAGUCGAAACCUCUGAUCCCUCCUCCUUUGAGGUUCCUAUUCUGGAUGGGUCAGCAAGAGAAUGGGUAGAAGCAAUUGAAGAAGCUGGGCUGAAGGCAGCUUUAGAUCGUAGUGGUAAAAGCUGUGAGAAAUUGGCUCCUGUUCUUACAGAACCUGUUACUGCAUGGAGGAACGAUUCUUUUAUAGCUGCAUUCCCUUAUUCAAAGGUCAAGAUUACCUAUGGCAUUGACUUUCUACAGGCACCUGAAAUUGGCUGCCAGUGGUUCUCUUCAACCUGUCCUGAUAAAGAUUUCUUUUCCAAAGAACUAGCUUCUGCUAGAACCUUUUGCAUUUAUGAGCAGGUUGAACAACUACGCAAAUCAGGACUUAUCAAAGGGGGUAGCACUGAAAACGCCAUUGUUUGUAGUGAAAGUAGAGGCUGGCUGAAUCCACCACUGCGUUACAGUGAUGAACCUUGCAGACACAAGGUUUUAGAUCUUAUGGGUGAUCUUUCCCUUUUGGCACAGGGUGGUAACCAAGGGCUUCCAGUGGCACACAUUAUUGUCUAUAAGGGUGGACAUGCACUGCAUACGGAUUUUGCUCGCUGCUUAUCGAGAGUCAAAUGAGCUGGUGUGUUGGAAAUUUACUAGUUUUGGCGCUCAGCUCUCGUUGUUGGUAGAAGCCUAAUUUGUUCCGACUCCCUGCUGGUCCAGAAGCCUUUAAGACUGCACUUGAUUAUUUGCUGGACGUUGUCAAAUAGUAAGCGAAGUGUUAGGAGUAGGAAGCAUGAGUUACUUGACCGAACUCAUGACGACAUUAUCACUUGGAUGGUGUAAUUGCUAAGACGAGCACUUACGCCUAUUCUAUUGUCCUGACUUUGAGGCAUGGUUGGUAUCAGGACUUGGAGAAUGCCGAGGGUGAGGGUCUAAAGAGCCCGUUUCAGCACAACAACAACAAACCCAGUAGUUUCCCACGAGAGCCCGUUUCAGCACAGCUUUUCAAAUAUUAAGGUCAUUGUUUAUUAUGCUUCAGUUUCGGAUUGGUUUGUUGUUGGCGCUCCUUCCUUUUUAUCUUACCUGAGCCGUGGGUCUACCGAAAACAGCCUCUCUGCCUUCUUAAAGGUAGGAGUAAGGUAUGGGUACACGCUACCAUCUCCAAACCACACUUGUGGGAUUAUACUGGAUUUGUUGUUGUUUUUGUUGUUGUUGUUUUCACAUAUCAUUUACUUUCUUGAUAAAAAAGAAACCCUUUAAUUAUAUUAAAUCGUUUUAUCCAGUCA